AUGCUCCCAACGAUCAUUAGGCGCGCAGCCGAGACAGCCGGUCGUCGGUUUGACGUGUUUAGCAACCCGUACCGAACGAAAAAAGUCUGGCCCCCCGAUUUCACAAGCCUCUCCCCCCAGGCGCAGCUCCGAUUCGAGAAAAAGUACAAGCGACGCUUGGCAUUAGUAUACGCGCGACCGAGAUGGGAUAAGGCGAUCAAAUUGAUUCAACUUGCCACUGUUGCUGGUUUCCUUGGCUGGGCGUUCUUCUUCUCAGAGUUCGAAUUCUUCGGCAGACAAUACCGUCCUUCCGAAGAGAUCCGGAAGCACUUCCGCAACCUGUUCGGUGUCAUCGAUUCUGAAAAACGAUACGAACGGCGCAAGGACGCGCCUGAGCCGUCCUCUUCCGAAUCGCCGAAAUAA